UCGCGGGGGAUCCAAGCCGUCAGUGGUAAAGACACGGACGGUGUUGUAGACGGAAAAAAGAGAAGGAAAGAGAAGAAGUCGGAGGGUACUGUACAACUGUCUACUAAUGCUACGGACGAUCCGCCAGGCGCUCCUGGGAACGCUACUGGAGCUGUGUCCGACAUGGACUGGUUCAAGCAGCGGACGAAAGCCGUCCUCGAAGAGCCGGAUGCCUCGGAGGAGAGGGUGUUCGAGCAGUCAGAUGAGGAGGAAGGGCCCGGGGAUGGCAACGAUAGCGAAGAGUCCCAGGAAGAGGAGCUGCCGCCGGACCCCGUCAAGACUACGAUCUUGCAGACAUCCCGCUUGUUCCUACGCAACCUUCCCUUUUCAUGCACAGAAGCUGAGUUGCGAGAGCUCUUCGAAUCACACGGGACUAUAUCUCAGAUCCACAUACCACUGGAUCCGACGACGAAGCAGUCGAAGGGUCUCGCUUAUGUCACGUUCGCAGAGCCGGCGAAGGCUCUUGCAGCGUAUGAGGUCUUGGAUAAGACGUCUUUCCAAGGCCGCUUGCUACACAUUCUCCCUGCGGUGGAUCGUAAGGGCAAGAUGGAGGUUGACGAGGGUGGGAGGAAGAAGUCGGUGAAAGAGGAUCGCGAGGCUACGCGGAAGGCAGGUGCUGGGCGAGAAUUUAAUUGGGCGAUGUUGUACAUGAAUGCGGACGCAGUCGCAUCGUCCAUCGCCGAUCGGAUGAACAUACGAAAGAACGCGGCUGUCAAGUUGGCUCUUGCGGAGACGCACAUCAUCAACGAGACGAAGUCCUUCCUCGAGCAGCACGGGGUCAUUCUCGAGGCCCUCGCCUCGAGUCGGCCGCAACGCUCCGAUACAAUUAUUCUUAUCAAGAACAUUCCGUACGGUACUUCCGCGGAGACGCUGCGCACGAUGUUCGGUUCUCAUGGAGAGCUAAGACGUGUACUGGUGCCUCCUGCGGGGACGCUUGCGGUAGUCGAGUAUGACCACGCCGCAGACGCGAAGACGGCUUUCCGCGCGCUCGCCUAUCGCAGGCUCGGAAACUCGAUUAUGUAUCUGGAGAAUGCGCCCCUCGGGAUGUUCGCCGAGGAGAGCACCUCCGAACCCAUUGUCGCCGCUGGGGUCAAGCCGGUUGCUGCUCCGGUCAGUAUCGACGCGAUCGCAGAUGCGACAGCCACAGAGCCAUCGCUCUCGGCCGGGACGACUCUGUUCGUCAAGAAUCUCGCAUUCAGCACGACGUCAGAUGGACUUGUCAUCGCGCUGCGUCACCUGCCCGGGUUCGCCUUUGCGCGCGUCCAGGCGAAGGUGGAUCCUGCGCGCCCGGGUGUGCGGCUGAGCAUGGGCUACGGCUUCGUCGGGUUCAAGACGAAGGACGAAGCGAAUCGUGGUCUGAAGAGCCUGGAGGGCUUCGUGCUCGACGGGCACGUGCUGAGCGUCAAGUGGGCGGGGCGGGGCACGGACGAAGACGCGGAGGGCGCGGAGGCGAAGGGCAAGCCGAAGGGCGCAAAGAUGAUCGUGAAGAACGUGCCGUUCGAGGCGACGAAAAAGGACAUCCAACAGCUCUUCGGCGCGCACGCACAGCUCAAGUCCGUGCGCCUGCCGCGCAAGUUCGACAGGCGCACGCGGGGGUUCGCGUUCCUCGAGUUUGUGUCGCCGCACGAAGCCGCGCGCGCGUACGCUGCGCUCCGCCAUACGCAUUUGCUUGGGCGCCAUUUGGUGCUGGAGUAUGCGGAAGAUGGCGCGGCGGACAUUGACGAGCUCCGGAAGAAAGCUGGCGUUGGGUACGGCGCCGGGAAGGAGAUGCCUGGUCAGAAGCGGAAGGUACGGAUGGAGAACAAGGAGGAUGCAGACGUGGAUGAUGUAUGAGUGUGGCUUGAAUAAUUCUUCGACUCCAGGAAUGAGCGUCCAUGGAAUGAACUUCGGCUCGAUGUGCAUGUGAUGCGUUAUGCCCGCUGGCAGUGCAUGUGUUCGUGCUCUGUGCUCACUAUGUGAUGCACUCUAUAUGUCACGAACCCGACUGACAAUCAUGUUCAUUGUACUUGUUCUCGCUCAACCGCUUAUGAGCACCCGCAUUGGACCGAAACAUAUGGCCUUGUGGUCUAGUCGUAUGAUUCCUUCUUAGGGCAAUGUUUCCGGUUUCGCAAAUUGAACC